GAGAGGAGCUGUCACGUGAGCCCAGGGGUCACGGGCGCAGCCCCAGCUCCCGCUCAGCAGAAGGCCAGAGCUAGAGGGCUGUAGGGAUGACCAAGAUUCUCCUGCCAGCGCUCCGCACCAGAGCUGGAGUGGGAGGCCAGGAGGGGAAGGACACACACAGCCUGAUGGAGGUGUGGGGACCGGAUCAGACGCACCACUCAGAGGGGAGAGUGUCACGGUAGCCAGGCCCCAGCCCUGACCCCCCACAAUCGGUGGAGGGAAGAGACCAGACUUCUAAUUUUGCCUCUACCAGCUACUGAGUGACCACAAGAGAAGCUCUAUCCCGCUCUGGGCCUGUUUUCCUAUCUGUGCCAGGGAGGGAGGCUGGCUGCCAUGCUUCACUUUACCAGCGUACCUAUCCCUUGCUCAGCCCUGGCCUGGACACACAGACAUGAUCCCUGAAGAAAUGCUCAGUCGAGUAUGGCAAAGUCACCACUUGAGCCAGAAGAGGAAGGUGCAGAGUGGGGCAGAGGAGGGAAUCACUGACCCGGCUCCAGAGGAAGAGGCUUUUAGCUGGUCCGCAGGACACCCAGGGUGACACCAGAGUCUCAGGCCACCACAGCUGUGGGAAGACUUACCACCCAACUCACACUUAUGGUACGGACGGGGCCACUGACACCCAGAGAGGGAAAGGGAUCUGCUCAAGUUCAUGUGCAAAUCAGGUGACUGGAACUCUGGUCUUCUAGACCCUCUUUGACUCAGUUUCUCCUUGGGGGACCUGAAGAAACGGAUUUUUAAUCAUUGCAGAGGAGGCAUACCACAUACAUUGGGACCCUUAGUGGGGCUGGCCAAUACCAUCUGGUUAUCUCCUACUUUAUGAAAAUAAUGCGUUCCAAUCGAGGUGAAUUCAAAUGAACUCUUAAAUGAAAUCUAUGCUACCCGUAAAUGUGCUUUUUGGACUCAGAACUGUAGAACUGUACUUCUCCGGUGUUGGGAUACAGCAGCCCCUGAUAGUAUGAAUUUCAAUCUUUGAGCCAGUCCCAGGACAUGUUAGUAGGGGAGAGUGUAGGUAUAGACACAGAUCUCAGCUCAGCUUCUUACUGCUGUGUAAUCUGAGAUUCUCUCAGCCUCAGACUCUUCAUUUGUAAAAUGGGAAUGAUUAUAUCUACGUCAUGGAGCCACGUAGAGUGCCUGCUGCUCAGUGAAGAGUAGCAUGGAUGAUGAUGAUGAUGAUGAUGAUGAUGAUGAUGAUACUGGAGGCGAAGAUGGAGGGAUGGUGGGGAUGGUGAUGACAGCAGAGAUGGUCAUGGUGGUGGUGGUGACGGUAGAGAGACGGUUCUUACCGAGGAGUGUUCAGAAUUUCCCUUUUCUUCUCGGGUAUCGGCAUCGGGAAGGAUGGGUUCCAGCUUGACAACUCUUUGGUGUGAGAAGCUUUGGGGUGUCUGUAAAGUGAAGCUGUGCCCCAUAUCGUGAGUUUUGAUUGUGAAGGUAAAUUGCUUCCGGAAGCAGGUGCCAAGGCCAUGCUCCCAGAGAACAAAUGCUGUCCCUUUUCCUUUGAGACCCUCUCACCCACCCAACUCAACAACUCCUGGGAAUGAAUAGGCAUGUGGAGACAGGUUCUCUGGACAAUGGGAACUCCUGAUUACCCCCUACCCACGCCAGGACUCCUCAUCCCUGACCCUGCGCUAAUUUUUCCAUAGAACUUAUCUUCUAGCCUAUGUUAUAAUUUACUGAUUUUCCAUAUUUAGUGUCUAUUUUUAUACCACCCUCCCAGUGGGGUCCCAGCCUCCCUCCCCGACUAGAAGAGAAGCUUCAGGAGGGUAGAAACCUUCAUUUGGUUCACUGCUGUAUUCCAAAUGUCUAAAAUAAUGCCUGGCACACAUUAGAUGCUCAAUAAAUAUUUGUUGAAUGACCAAAUGCUAAAAGGGUGGGAUCAAUGGCAGCCUUUGUUCCCCAGGACAGGCCCAGCUUCCUGGCUUGUUACCUGGUUUCUCCUCAAACAAACAGAGAGGGGUGAGGUAUAGCCCAGCUAGCCCGGCGUACAGGCUUUGAUACGGGGCCCAGGUUGGGGCUGUGGGAGUGAGGGGGCAGUGCUCAGCUUGGGGGUUAGUCCCUGGCAAGACCAUGGCCUUCAGGGGGCCUGAACCCUGGGUUCCUGCAUCCCUGCAAUACCAGAGGCUGAAGGCCGAGGAGAAGGAGCUGGAUCUGGAGUUCGAAGUCUUGAGUGUGGGGUUUAAUGAGGAGGGCAGAUAUGCCCUGCGGCUUACAGCUGAGAACCCCCUGCAGGCCGGCUCUGGGGCUGGGGUACUGUUGCAGGUAAAUGAUGGGGACCCCCUCCCUACCUGCUCUGCUGUCACCGAUGUCAUUGAGCAGCAGGAUCCUGGCCAGAACCUCGCCCUUACCGGGAACAAGUUUGUCUUUACUUUGCCCAAAGGGUUCUGCAAGAACGACUGGCAGCACGACGCGCAGCUGCGCGUCGAGGCGCUGCGACUGGGCGGGGCCUCGGGACACCCCGCCCAGCGAGUGGGCGAGGCCAUCUUCCCGGUCUUCCCGCGCCCGGACCAGCCCCGCAUGAACCUGUGGGCGCGGGAGCACGAGGACCUGUACCGCUACUGCGGCAGCCUGGCCCUGCUGCGCGCCAGCGCGGACCCCACGGCCCGCCACUGCGGGGGCCUGACCUACAGCGUGGCCUUCCGCGAGCACCGGGCCCCUCAGCCUCCAGCCCCAAACUGCCCUCCCGGGGCCGGCCAGCCAGGACCCGUGUCAUCAUGCCCAGAGCCCCAGCUGCCCAGGCUGCAGGUUUUGAGACAUGCCCGAAGUGACCAGGAGACAGAAGUCUGUGUGUGUCCCCCUUCAAGCACCUCCAGCUCCCACCACGGCCAGGAGGGACUCCGCCCUGAACGAGGAUUCUGGCAGCCUCGGACCCAAGUCACUGAGAGCCCAGAGGAGCCCCUGAACACCUCACAGAGUGUGGAAUCUGUCACCAGCCACCUGUCUCCCCCUAAUAAGGAGACCAUCAUGGUCACUCUCCACGGGGCCACCAACCUACCCACCUGCAAGGAUGGCUCUGAGCCGUGGCCAUACGUGGUAGUGGAAACCACAUCUGAGGAUGUGAAGGACCAGAAUGCCAAGGCAGUCACGUCUGUGACCACAGAGCCCACCGUAGCCCCCAUCUGGGGGGACACGGUCAAAGUGGAGCUCCAAACUGAGGAUGCGGGACAAGAAGAUAUGGUCCUCAAGGUGAUGGACAAUAAAAAUAAAGAGGAGCUAUUGUCCUACCAAAUCCCCAUCAAAUACCUGAGUCUCUUCCACCCCUACCACUUUGAGCUGGUGAAGCCCUCCCAGUCUGGGAAAGCUGAGGAAGCCACUGCCAAGACCCAACUGUAUGUGACCAUCGUUCGGAAAGGCAGUUUCUUCCACCGCGACAUCGGCAGCAACCACACAGCUCUGGAGGUCUUUCUCCGGGGAAUCAACGAGCCCCUGGUCAACAACUCUGACCCCAUGGUGGUCAUUGCCAGGGUGGUUCCCAACUACAGUGAUUUUAAGGUCAAUCAAAUGAAGCAGGACCCAGCCUUCGUGGGGCUGCCCAUCACCCCACUCCCCUUCCCAAUCCCGUCUCUUCUGCACUUGGAUGUUCCUCGGGUCAGCCAGAACGGGUGUCCUCAGCUGUCCAAGCCUGGGGGACCCCCGGAGCUGCCCUCAUGGAAUCAGUCCUUCCUCUUCCAAGGCCGAGACGGAGCCACCAACUUCUCGGAAGACACAGCCCUGGUGCUGGAGUUCUACCCCUCGACUUCCAUGAAAGGCAGUGAGCCGUGGACCCUCAGCAAGCCCCUGGGCAUCUCCGUGUUGCCGCUAAAGAACCGUUUGUACCGCAAGAUGCUGACAGGGAAAGGUCUGAAUGGGCUGCACGUGGAGAGGCUCCCCAUCACCGACACCAAGCUGGAAACCAUAAAUGGUGAGGCCCCCACAGUGGAUAUCUCCUUCCAGCUGCUUUCCUCUGAGAAGCCAGAAAACUUCUUGACACCAAACAACAGCAAGGUUCUGCCCAUCCUAGACCCCAAGAUCUCAGAUGAGAAGCUGGGUACCAUCCAUGCGUCCAACACCCUGGUGAGCUCUACAAUGGACUGUAGCACAUCCGCCUCUCAGGAAGCAGAGGAAGAACCUCUGGUGCCCAAGAUGUCCCACGAAAUGGAGGUGAACAGCUACCGGCGGGCCAUGCAGAAGAUGGCAGAGGACAUCCUGUCGCUGCGGAAGCAGAUCAGCAUCCUGGAGGCAGAGAACCACACGCUGAGGAGCCAGCUAACCCAGGGGGAGGUGGAAGAGGAGCAGAACGACACCAACAAGAGCCGGAAUCUGGUGUCCAUGAAGCAGAAACUGCUGCUGAGUGAGCUGGACAUGAAGAAGCUGUGGGACAAAGUGCAGCAUUUGCAGAAUGAGCUGAUUCGAAAGAAUGAUCGAGAGAAGGAGCUACUCCUCCGGCACCAGGCUCAGCAGCCCCAGGCCGCGCUGCUGAAGCGGUACCAGGACAAGCUGCGGAAGACGAAACUGCUGGAGGAGACUGUGCGGCACCAGGAGGAGGUGAUCGAGAAGAUGGAGCGGGUGCUGGAGGCCAAGCUGCGGGACAGGAAGGAGCCCCUGCUCACCAGGCUGCAGGGAAAGCCCAGCGUGGCCUUCCCUGUGCUCUCAGCCUCUGGCCUUCCCCCGGGGCCCGCAAGAGAGAACCUGCCCGUCGACCUGUACUCCGCGCUGCUGGCAGAAAACUCCAGGCUGCGGGCAGAGCUGGAUAAGAACCGCCACCAGUCGGCCCCCAUCAUCCUGCAGCAGCAGGCCCUGCCGGUGGACCCCGGGGAGUUGGGAGCAGGAGGAGACCUGGCAGAGAGACUGCAGGAGACAGAUGGCCCAGGCCACUCCAAGGGCACAGAGACCCUGCCCGUACAGGAUCUCCUUGGCAAUACUGCAGACAAGUUCAACCUUCUGGCCAAGCUGGAACGAGCUCAGAGCCGGAUCCUAUCCCUGGAAAGCCAGUUAGAGGACUCGGCUCGACGCUGGGGACGAGAGAAGCAGGACUUGGCCACAAGGCUGCAGGAGCAAGAGUACGGCUUGGGGCAACCCUCAAACUCCAUCAUCGCUGACCUGCCUAAGCCCUCGCCUGGUCUCGAUGUCCCACCUAAGGCAUCGCUGAGAUGCCCCACGGGUGGUGCACUACUCGGCCCUCUCCAAGGACAGCAGGAGACCCUCAAAGCUGGACCCCUUGACGCCCAGCUCAGAGACCAAGCUCAACAAGCCCUCGAACUCCCAGAAGACCUGAGUCUUAGCAGACCUGCGUGCCGGAGCAGACCUCCCUCUCUGUGUGCUGGGGAGUCUCAUUCCACCCCCCCAAAUGACUCCAUUAAAUGCUGUAAGUCCAUGAGCAUUAGUCUCUUUUCUGGGGUAGGGCAGCCUAGGGGGCCCAGCUUCCUCCUUCCAGACCCCACUCUGGGCCCGGUCCCUCUGCUGCAGCCUUAUAGCCUCCUGCCUGUCCCAGAAGCUACCAUUUUAGGAGAGCCAAAGGCCAUAGUGGACCCAGGAGGGUGGGGGAGAAGAGGCCUCCCAAAGCAGGAGCCAGGGAGACAAGCCCCUUCCAGAACUCCAGAAGAAAUGAGGCCACCUGAGGCCAGCUCUGUUGGAAGAUGUGAGGGAGGCUGGGAGUUUCCACUUGCCCCUAAACAUCUCAUAUCUGAAAUCCCUUCUUUCAAGUUCGAUUGAUCAGUUUCUUGGGAAGGGAAAGACUUAAAGCCUGACUGUGGCAAUCAGUUACGUGUUAGUGUGAAAUAGUCCGUUAACCAGGGCCAGGCUGAGUGGGCAAUGUUG